AUGCCUCUACUCAUACAGGAGGAGGAGAAGAAGUCUGAAGCAGAUGAGGAGUACUUUGAUCUGUUCAACUCUUUUAAGGAGAAGUCUGCAGGCUUUGAUGGUUAUAGCAAGUGCGAGUGGCUGAGAUCUCAGGUUAUCGGGGCCGAUGCGGAGUUCGAUGGGCCUUUUGGACGCCGGAGGAUCACUUACUCCGAUCACACGGCAUCCGGGAGGUUCUUGAAGUUUGUUGAGGAGUUCUUUCAACGGAACGUCCUUCCUUUCUAUGGGAACACUCACACAGAAGACAGCUACGUGGGCCUCCACACGACCAAACUAGUGGACAAAUCGGCCAAAUUGAUAAAAAAAUGCAUGGGCUCAGGCCCAACCGACGCCCUCCUCUUCUGCGGCUCCGGAUCCACCGCCGCCAUCAAACGCUUACAAGAAGUCAUGGGCAUUGCCGUCCCCUCCACCGUCCGAUCAAUAAUCCUCAACCACCUCCCAUCGUCCGAUCGAUGGGUCGUUUUUGUGGGCCCAUACGAGCAUCACUCGAAUUUGCUGUCUUGGCGACAAAGCCUGGCCCAAGUCGUCGAAAUCGGGCUCAGUGACUCUGGUCUUGUCGAUAUAGAUAGUCUCCAAGAGGCCCUCAAGUCUUCAGAUUACAUUGGACGGCCCAAGCUUGGGUCCUUCUCGGCCUGUAGCAAUGUGUCCGGGAUUCACACGGACACGCGGGAGAUCGCGCGUGUCCUGCAUCAGCACGGUGCGUACGCAUGCUUCGACUUCGCCUGCAGUGGACCAUAUGCUAAUAUUGAUAUGAGAUCGGGGCAAUCGGACGGCUACGAUGCGGUGUUCUUGAGCCCACACAAGUUCAUUGGUGGGCCGGGGAGCCCCGGUAUACUUUUGAUGAGUGAAGCUCUAUAUAAGAUCAAGGGCUCACCUCCCUCCACGAGUGGUGGUGGUACUGUUCUAUAUGUUAGCGGACAUGAUAAGAAGGAUGUUGUCUACAGUGAUGACGUAGAGGAACGGGAAGACGCAGGUACCCCGGCAAUCGUGCAGAAGAUACGCGCAGCAAUGGCGUUCUCCGUUAAGGAGUGGAUGGGACACGUGUUCAUCCGAGAGAAGGAAUCCUGUCUGGUGCAACGAGCGCUGCAGCGGCUCCUGAGCAACCCGCACGUGCGGAUCCUAGGAAGCACUUGCACGGACAGGCAGCCAAUUAUCUCCUUCAACGUGUAUCCAGAAGGGCAACGUGGCAAGCAUCUGCACUGUCGAUUUGUGACGAAGUUGUUGAAUGACUUGUUCGGGAUCCAGGCUCGUGGGGGUUGCGCGUGCGCUGGGCCGUAUGGUCACGUGUUGCUCGGGAUUGAUAAAGCUCAAUCAAAACUCAUUAAAUCAGCGGUUGAGAGGGGAUACAAUGGGGUGAAGCCGGGAUGGACACGUGUGAGCUUCCCGUAUUACUCGUCCGCGGAAGAAAUGGAGUUUGUGGUGGGCGCGGUAGAGUUCGUAGCCUCACGUGGGCGUCGCUUCCUCCCUCUCUACAGUUUUGACUGGAAAACCGGCAAUUGGGAGUUUUCACACGAUCACAGAAACACGUUACCGUUGGAAUUGGAAGGGAAAAUGACUAGGAACUACGACGAUGUUAUGACCUUCGCUAGGGGUGUAGCCGAUGCUCUGCCAGAUCUCGUCGUGGCGGGAAGUAUUCCGGACUUUAUCGAUCCUCAACUUGUGACUUUCGUAGUAUAAA